UGCAGGCGAGGUGUGGGUGAGCGUGGCGGUGGGGGUUGCGGUGUGGGGUGUCACACUGUGGAUGCUGCAGCUGGCAUGGGGUCGUGUCACGGGACAACGAGGCGCCUCCUUCAUCUCGGUGUUCCUGUAUGGCUGGGGCGCCCUGCUUGAACAGCCGCCUCGGGAGCCUUCGGUUACUGUUUCAGGACAGAUGCUGGUGGGCUGGUGGCUGGUGUACACCAUGGUGAUCGUGGCGGCCUUCCGGUCUUCCUUCAUAGCUCAUCUCACAGUCCAGAGCACAACCAAACCCGUAGAGACUUUGGAGGAGUUGGUCAAACAAAAGAACUGGGGAUGGAGUCUUGAGAAGAAAUUUUUCAAAGGCGCUGUAUAUGACUACUUCAUGAAACAUACUCUUCCUGCAGUGAAAGAAAUGAUGUCCAAAGUAGAGAUCAGGGAUGCAGAUGACGCCUUAGAAAAGAUACUUGAAGGAGGCUAUACUCACAUCACCUUCGAGAAGUACAUUUCUGUUAUUAUUGCUUCUCAAUACACUGAUGCUCAAGGACGGACGCCUUACUACAUCGGCACCAAAGACAUCCCGGUGCUCGUGUACGCGGGAUUCGUUCUGAGGAAAGGAGCACCGUUUUACCAUCGCUUCACCCGGAUGAUAAACCAGCUGGAAGACGGUGGCAUACUAUCAAAGUGGAUCGCGGAGGUGGUGACGCGACGCAUCAAGAAAAACAGGGAGAAACUGAAUAACAGCCAGCAAGGAACUAAAACCAUUGCCCCGCAGGAGAAGGGUGUUGUUCUCGGGCUGGAUCACGUGCAGGGAGGUUUCUACAUGCUGUUCCUGGGCUGUACCUUGGGGCUUCUCUCUCUUCUGGGAGAGAUCCUUCAUAAUAAUUUUAAGAAAGACCAAUAAUUAUAGGCCUACUUAAGUUUUGCUGUAUGCAUUGGUUGGAUGGUCAAUGUUGAUGCUUGUUUUUCCUCAAUGUUCAUGAUUUUAAAAUACAUGGUUUUGCUUACCCACAUGUUGUAAUGUAUGUACUGGCCAAAGCAGAUAGACUACCUUCCUUGGUAAUGUUUUUUACCAGCUUACCAAAUGCAUUACCAAUGUA